GACAACUGUAAGAACUGAUUUAAGAUAUUUUAAUCAUUAUUUUUUAAAUGUGAUAAAAAAUAAUAAUGAUAAUUUUUAUUAUGACAGAGUGAUCGCAUCAAUGUGACGAGGCCCCAUUCUCACUGGAAAACAACCCGAGGUUACAAGCACCAGGAAGUGACCACCUACCUGACUGUGAGUAACGCUUUGUUCAACGACAGCGGAGUCUACACCUGCAGUGCCACUGACCACUCCUUCAAAACUGGUCAAGCCACCGCCAACAUUGUCGUUUACGCAACACAACAACCAAUCCAUGUGAACUUCACAACUGAUAUGAAUCUGUCAGAACCAGUGGUGCACCAAGCAGGCCAGAACGUGAAAUUCGUCAUAACCGUAGAUGCAUACCCAAGCAGCGUGUCCGAAAUCUACUGGUUGAAGGAUGGUCAGCUCCUUCAGCCAGACAACAGUCACUUUCGGAUAGAGACGAAGGAGAAAACGGUUGUCUUGGAGAUUCAUCACCUCCUACGCUCCGACGCAGGAAACUACACUCUGGUAGGAAAGGUUAAAGAUGUAGUCAGCAGCAUAUCCAUCAUUCUAGAAGUCAAAGAUAAGCCAAUUGUAUCUGUGAGGAAUGGGGAGUUUCUCUACAAGGUAGGGUCCCACCACACACUGGAAUGUCAUGCUGAUGGUUACCCGGCUCCCAUACUCUGGUGGAAAUGGAAACCUUGGAGCAGUUCUGUUUCCAGUUAUUCGUACGGAUGGCAAGACGUGGAACCAAACGGGAAUUUCCCGAACGGAGAGAAUGUCACCCAGGUGAAAA